GGCACUUUCCUCCCCCCACCAGCGCUUGGAGAGCUGCUUACAGCACAUCGCCCAGUAUUUCCCACCCAGGCAUUGCAGGGCUGGCACUUCUCACAGGCAAGUGUGUCCCCAGCCCGCAGUCUCCCAGCUUUCCUUUGCACUGGGAAUUACAAUGAAUUUUGCAGCACAGUUUCUCUACUCCAGGGUGUUAAAAAACAGAAGUCCCAGGGACCACUCCAGGGAAGAUGAAGACUACGAUCCUUUCUGGCAAAGGGAUGACAAUAAAAUAAAGAAACAAGAUUCCCCAGCACUUUGUGAUCUUCACUGUUGUAAGGAUGAGCCAGUAAGAAAUGGCCUUAUUGGGCAGAAGCCACCCUCUAUCAGCCCUGAGAGACUGAAAGAUUUUGGUGAGGACGAUUACCUGAAUGGGGAUGUGAAGACCUGGGAAAUGAAGAUAGUGAACCGUAACGAGGAGUUACUUAGGGAUGCCUUUUCCCGCAUCCCUCAGUCAAGCAGUAGGACCAGCCUGUCAAGCUGUAACAAGCUGAUUCGAUUUGAAGAUAUUAGUGCAGCAGCUUUCAAAAUCCAGUGCGGUGUUCAGAAAACCCCAUGCAUGUAUUCUAGGUUAUCCAAGCAGUACGGAAUGGACAUCUACCUAAAGAAAGAGUUCCUGCAGUACACAGGAUCUGUGAAGGAACGAGGUGUACUUUACCUUCUGACAUCAUUGCCUCAGGAUCAGCAAAGAAAGGGUGUGAUUGUGGCUUCGGACAGUAACUUUUCCAUGGCUGUUGCUUACCAUGCCUCGGAGCUCCGUAUUCCAGUGUUUGUCAUCAUGUCAACCAGCACGUCUCCAGCCAGAGUGAAAAUGUGCCGUGAGUACGGUGCCAUGGUUAUAUCCUAUGGAACUACAGCUAAGGAUUCCCAGAUGCAUGCAAGAAGGUUGGCGCGGGAGAAUGGUUACCUCUACCUUGAAGAGGAGGAUAGUGCUGUCUAUCUGUCGGGCCUGGGAACCAUGGGGCUGGAGGUGUACGAGCAGGUCCCAAAGCUGGACGCAGUGAUUUUCCCUGCAGGAGGCCACUGUGGCUUGCUGGCAGGGUCAGCUGCUGCACUCAAACACCUCAAUCCACACAUUUCUGUAAUUGGGGUUGAAUCUGAAAGUUUCCCUGUAUUGCAACAAUCCUUAAAGGCUGGCCACCCAAUUGAAGACCAGGCUUGCGGCAAUCAUGACUUUUAUGGAGAUGUGAGCGGACUUUGCUUUGGCAGCAAUUCUUUGCAGUUGACCAGGAAACUUGUGGACAAAGUUGUUGCUGUGAGGGAGGAGGACAUCUUCAUUUCAAUGCUGAGACUGCUGGAGUAUGAGCGAGCUACGGUUGAUGCAGAUGGGGCUAUUGGACUUGCAGCGUUGGUUGCAGGGAAGCUGCCUGAGUUGAAGGGUAAAAGAGUGGCAAUUGUUAUAUGCAGUGGAAACCUGGAGUUACAUUUGCUGCAACAGUGCAUAGCUCGUGCUCUGACCCUUGAUAACAGAGUGUGCAAAUUUUCCCUUGUGCUUUCUGACUGCCCAGGAGACAUUUCAAAGCUACUGGAGAUUUUGGCUCGGGAAGAAGCAAGAGUUUUGGAUAUCAAACAAGAAUGCAUUUUUGUGACAUCUGAGCUAUCCACUGUUGAGGUCACCUGCACCGUGGAGACCAGAGACAAGAUCCAUACAGCCCAGCUGAGGAACACACUCCUGGAACGCUACCCCACAGCUGCCUGGACGGAGCGGUGAUGGGCACAGCACAAGGGACAAGGCUGAGGUCCUCUGACAAGUAUUUUACAGAGCCAUAAUCUUGAGGCAUUCAGAACAAAUAUCUUUCAAAGCUUGAACAGUUAGCAAAUAGUUUCAGGAUAUUUAUUUCCUGCUCAUAAUGUCCUUGGGAUGAAGUUAAACUCAAAACUUUAGCUUAGCUAAGGGAAACUUCUAGUCUCUGGCCAUGUUGGAAUUCUGUAAUUCAUUAUCAGUUGACUGUCUGGAUUUUGGCUAGUAUGUAGGAUCCAAUGGCAUUCAAUAAAUAAAGAAUGAGAAGGUAUUUUUCUUUACAUCUGAAAAUAGUCCUAUCAAAGGUCUUUUGAUUUUGAUGCCCCUAGUUAAACUAAUGCAGCUUCUUCUGCUGGACUUUGCCAUGCUACUAGUAUAGUAAUUCUUCAUUUCCAAGCCAAAACCAGUUUUCCAUUUGCUGAAUCUGCUUCAGAAGAUAUAUACAUGUGUGUGGGUGCGGGUUUGAACACACUUCUGUUCUGAUCUUUGCUGUCACAUGAGGAAAAAUUAUGCUAAUAAAAUGUGUUUUAAACAAAACCAAAAAACCCUUGGAAGAUAAAAAGCAAUACUGUAUUUCUAAAGUAAAGUUUCCAAAACUGUUGCAGCAAUAAAAAAACCCCAAACUUAUUCUGUAUAUAAUUAGAUCUCCCAUGCAGAACACAAAUGUAGUUCUUCCCCCUGCUUUUGGGGACUCAGUAUAAAAAGUAACAUAUAAAAUGGCUUGUGUUUCUUUAUAAAAAGGAGUCUCUUGACCCAUAGGAAUUUUGUAAUUAACAUUCCACUGAUCAUCUUAGUCAGCCUAAAACAGACUCUCUCCAUCUUACCUGAUGGAUUAAGUACACUGUUAAGAGUGAAAUAUAUUUAAAGACCACAUGUUACUAGCCAAAGGCAGUAACAGGAGAAGAGGAAGUCUAAGUCUUAGGCAUAUGGCUAAUGCUAUUAACAAAGAACACAUUGACCUAAAUACCAUUUUCAUCACUACAGGCAGAGACCAACUGAUAAGGUAACGGAGUGGGAUGGCAAGAAAUGUAAGAGAAAUUCAGGCCCACUUCUGAGCAUGUGUACAACGGUUGCCUUUCCACUUGGGCAAAAAUCAGUUUAAGGCCAACUGCAACAGAACCAAUCUAUACAAUUCUAAUUAGUUAAAUUUAACCAGGAUUGACCCAAAUUUUGGGCGUAGGUAUUUUAAUGAGAGGUCUUAAUCCUGCCUCUUGCAUGUCAAGCUGAUAAUUAAGUAUAUGAAAUAAAUAUGAUGUAUUUAGCAGUGCCCUAGCAGAGCACAGCUGAAAAUCCAGCAAGGUCAGGGUGAGCAUGUCCACUCAUGGGACUGUGUGGGAUCAAAUCAUUCCAGUUCCCAUGUGCAGGGCUGGGUGAGCUGUUGCUAGGUGUUCAUGAAAACCAACUUUUAUUAUAGCUUUUUGGGGAGAAAGGUUCUGCAAGCCCAUAGUGAUGCUGCUUUUAUGUCAUAUUACAAUUUAUAAUUUGAGCUUCCAUCUUUAGUACUCCCCUGCAGUUAGGAAUGGGCUUGCUAGUAUGUUUCCUUUCUUGGUUCUACAGUGGGAAACUUUUGUCUCUAAAGCACAAUCAAAAAGUCACAUGUGGAAGAGGAGAUGCCCUUGGGGUAGGUGAAAGCUUUCUCUGCCCUCUCUUAACUCUCAGCCAUCUGUAGGCUAGGAAGAGCAACCUAAACAGAGGGUCCCUAUGGACUAAAAAGAAUGAACCGCAUAUCCAAAUUUACACAGAUUUCAACUGUAUUGUAUCUACUAGUUAUGGAUAUCUAGCUAUAUCUAUAACUUGUGCCUGCAGAGUGGGGUGAAGAGGGCAGAAUUCUGGCUGUCUCUGCAGUAUUUUUUUUCUGGGAAAUACUCUGUUCCUUCUUAUUGUUGCUCAUGAAGGAGUAGGAGUAGAGAGGAGACUCUCACAAAUGCUGAACAUGUAAUAGAAGUUCUCUGGUUUGGUCUGCUUUUGGAAGGAUCAUGUUUGCACAUGGAACUAAAAAUUAUUGAUGCCCCAAUGGUUAGUUUCUUUCCCUUCUUGCCACCCAGAUGGAUAUAGGGCUUGGUCUCCAGAACAUGUCCUGUAAAUCACAGCCUAUCAGACACAAUUCCUUUCUUCACAGUCAGAAGAGUUUAAGAAAUCUAUAUAGAAAUAAGUCAUGACAGACUACAUACUGUGUACGUGCUAUUUCUAUUGAAACAAGCAAUGAAUCACAUCAUCAGAGAGCAGAUCUGGGGAUGUAAACCCACUAUAAAUGAGGAUCUAAUUAUCCUCAUCUCUUUUGGCAAAACUCUCAGGAAAUUUUGAGGAUGUGUCAGAUAUCUAUGUUAAAAGAAAAUGGGAUUUUAUAACCAAUGUUCUCGGUAGUGGCCAACAGCUUCUGCAGUCUGAGACCUUGGUUUAUCGUCCUGCAGUAUCCUGGAAUUAAUUUUUUUAGAAGCUCAGAGUAUUAACGACUUCUUUUUUAAUCAGUGGGAACUGCAUUUAGCGAGUCUUCACAAAACUGGGGCAAGCAGAUAGAGCAACUGAAAAUCAGUGCACUCAGAAUCACUGUAUGAUUUUGAGAAUAUUUGGGGGGAAAAAGGAAAAAAAAA